AUGAAUGUCGAUGCGUAUACGACCCUGCGAGAGAUUCCGGACGCCGAAUGGGCGCGUUUUCUCGCAUAUGCGCGGCGCAUUCAAGUUGCGGGCAAGGACGCGCCUCAGGAUAUCGGCAGGAUCGACAGCCGUGCUCUUCUCGCUGUUAUUCUGCGCGCUGAUGGCGAGCCCAUUUCCCCCUCACUGACCUCUCUGCAGAUGUCCGUGUGGACUGAUGUUGAUUCUUUACUGUUGUUUUUUCUCACCGGAUGUCUCUGUCAGUCUACGCACAAGCAUCUACGCGACACCUUACUCUAUUAUCUGGGACCGAUCAAGCUGGAGAUGCACGGACUAAUCAACCAACCCGCACGGCGAAACGCGUCCUUACGCAAGCUGGUCGUCGCGGGUAGGGUUGAUGUCAUUCUGGUCGCGAUCCGCGGCUUGGCCACGCUCCAGGAGGUGCAUAUCAAUGAUAGUAGAUCUGCGCGCUCUUCGCUGGAAACUCUCGCUAGUCUGCCCGAUUUGCGCGCUGCCCGGUUUGGAUUCGAAGAGUACGUCACAGGCCCUGAACCAUAUGCAUUCCUCGCUUUGCGGUAUCUCGACGUCUCAGGAUAUCUGUCCGACCUUGUCACUCUGUUCACGAAUCUCUCGGCGCCGAGUCUAAACUCGCUCACGAUCAGAUUCUACUUCUGCUUACACCGAGAUCCGGACUUUUUGUCUCACUUCAUCACGCUUCUGGAUGGGCUGCCGGUGCCUUUCUGCUCCACCCUUCGCAUACUAAGGAUUUAUACCCACUUAAAGCAUGAAGAGGAAGUCGCUGUUUUCGGUGGUUUUAUCGACGUAAUCAGGUCACUCCAGCGGUUAUCUAACCUUAAGGAGAUCUCUAUGAAGGUCCACUUUUCCCUAUCACUGUGCAACGCGGACGUCCGCGCUAUGGCCACCGCGUGGCCGCGUCUGGAGAUACUCAGCCUGAAAUGUCCUCUCGCCCUCGAUCAAGGCACACCCAGCGUGUUCUCUCUUGUGUAUUUCGCGCGCAGCUGUCCACACCUGCGUGAGCUCUCACUUCCGCGCAUGGCGUGCCGCUGCUCUUCUGGUCCCAGCAAUGAUAUCCAUGCGGGGCUGCCAUACAACACUGCCCCUGGCAUGACCCUGCUCUCUUUUGAGUACGACAUGCCGCGAGACCCCACACCUGUGGGUGCCCUGGACGGUCUCCAAGUUGCGGCGUUCAUUCACCGUACUUUCCCCUCUGCGCGGAUAGCCGUUUCGUGCAGGAAUUCGACCUGGUUUCGCGUCGUGCUACCCUUGGAGUAUUUCUUUCAACACGUGGAUGAAUAUCUAGCGCGUGCUAUACAGACGAUGUGUGCGGCUUUGGAGAAUGAGCGUACGCCCGCCGUGCAACCUGAUUCCACGGCUGCUGCUCUUCCGCCACCUACAGCUCAUCGUUUGUUCUCGAUAGGACCGUCUCAGCUGUCUGCAGCGAGCAUUGGUGCUGUAUACCUCGUUCUGCUGGGGAUCCUGUGUGCGAUGGAUUAA